UUUUGGUAAUAGUUUUGGGAUUGGAUUCUCUCCGUCUUUGUCUGCGACUCAAACAAGUGCAAAGGCUCUUCGUUUUGUGCUUCCGUUUUGUCUUCUACCGAAUUCUUCUCAUUUCUAUUCAUUAUUUACACAUCGCAGCUUUCAAGCCACUUCUUUUCUCUCCUCUCUGUUCAACAACAUAAGUUUGUUGAAUUUGACCCUCACAAUUUCUAGAUUUGUUCAACGUUAACAAACAAUCGGUUUCCUUAAAAACAAUUAUUUUCGGCAAGCGAGUUCUAAAACUGUGAAAUUCGAUUGAAACUGAUCCAGUUUUUGGUUCGGCCAUUUCUGGAAAAAUAUAUAAAAGAAUAUAAAAAAAACCCUUCUUUUUCUCUGAUGGGUACUGCUUCUGUUGGGUACCCAUUUGGCACUUUGGCCUAUUCUUCUCAUGGGAAAUCCGGGGCUUUACCCCAAUAUAUUGAAUUUUCGGUUUCCAGUUUUCCUCUUCAUCUGGAAAUUCCAAGAAGUAACUCUGCUUCCAUCACUACAUCCAAGGGACUAAUAAGUAGAAUAUGUUCUGCACCUGAUGCUGAUGAUUUCUUCUCUGAGAAAGUCUCAACACCCAUUCUUGAUUUGGUUGAAAGUCCUAUCAUCUUGAAGAAUUUGUCUUCCAAAGAACUGGAACAAUUGGCGAAUGAAAUUCGUUCCGAGUUGUCUUAUUUCAAGUCCAAAAGGGGGAAACCCUUCAAGGCUAGUUUGGCAGUUGUCGAGCUGACAAUUGCAAUACACCAUGUUUUCCAUGCUCCCGCGGACAAGAUAUUGUGGGAUGUUGGGGAGCAAACAUAUGCACAUAAACUUCUCACAGGAAGGCGGCCCCUCAUCCACACAGUGCGACAAAAGGACGGUCUUUCUGGUUUCACUUCUCGUUUCGAGAGUGAAUAUGAUGCAUUUGGCGCAGGGCAUGGGUGCAACAGUAUUUCUGCCGGGCUUGGAAUGGCAGUUGCGCGGGACCUUAUAGGAAAGCGGGACCGUAUAGUUGCAAUUAUUAGCAAUGGGACAACUAUGGCUGGUCAGGUCUACGAGGCAAUGAGUAAUGCUGGUUAUUUGGACUCAAACAUGAUUGUUAUUUUAAAUGAUAACCGCCACUCAUUACAUCCAAAAAGUGAUGAGGGCCCUAAAACAUCUAUAACUGCCCUAUCUAGUACUCUAAGUAAGCUCCAAUCAAGUAAAUCCUUCCGGAAGUUCAGAGAAGUUGCCAAGGGUGUCACCAAAAGAUUUGGUAGGGGAAUGCAUGAGUGGGCAGCGAAAGUAGACGAGUAUGCACGCGGUCUGAUGGGUCCACUAGGAUCAACUCUUUUUGAAGAACUUGGAUUGUAUUACAUUGGUCCUGUCAACGGACAUAACAUUGAAGACCUGAUUUGUGUUCUACAAGAAGUGGCAUCUCUGGAUUCGAUGGGUCCUGUGUUGAUUCAUGUAAUUACAGAGGAAAAUCAUGAGGCGGAAAACAAUGGAAGUAGUGAAAUAGUGAACAAACAACAGGAAGGAUUGGGCAAUUCUAAUUCGUUUGCGACUGAAAUUCGCUCCCGUACGUAUAGUGAUUGCUUUGCGGAGGCUUUAGUGAUGGAGGCAGAGAAGGACAAAGAUAUUGUGACUGUUCACGCAGGAAUGCAUAUGGAACCAUCCCUUCAACUAUUCCAGGAUAGAUUUCCUGAUAAGUUUUUUGAUGUGGGCAUGGCUGAGCAGCAUGCAGUAACAUUUUCAGCUGGCUUGUCAUGUGGAGGACUGAAGCCAUUUUGCAUAAUUCCUUCUGCAUUUCUACAGAGAGCUUUUGAUCAGGUGGUCCAUGAUGUAGAUCGCCAAAAGAUUCCAGUGCGCUUUGUCAUAACAAGUGCGGGAUUGGUGGGGUCUGAUGGUCCAACGCAGUGUGGGGCUUUUGAUAUAACUUUCAUGUCAUGCUUACCAAAUAUGGUCGUCAUGGCACCCUCCGAUGAGGUUGAGCUUGCCAACAUGGUGGCCACUGCGGCCUCUGUUGACGAUUGUCCAAUUUGCUUUCGGUAUCCUAGGGGCACAAUUGUUGGGAUGGACUACUGUUUAUGCAGUGGAUCUCCCAUUGAGAUUGGAAAAGGGAAGAUUCUAGUAGAGGGCAAAGAUGUUGCUUUGCUCGGGUAUGGCUCGAUGGUACAGAACUGCCUUAAGGCUCAAUCCCUUCUUGCUAAGCUUGGCAUUGAGGUAACAGUUGCUGACGCAAGGUUCUGCAAGCCCUUGGACAUCAAGCUUCUCAGGCAGCUUUGUGAAAACCACACGUUUCUAAUAACAGUCGAGGAAGGCUCUAUUGGAGGUCUUGGAUCUCACGUGGCACAAUUCAUUGCACUUGAUGGCCAACUUGAUGGAAGAAUUAAGUGGAGACCAAUUGUUCUACCAGACAACUAUAUUGAACAUGCGUCGCCCACUGAACAGCUAGCGGUUGCCGGUUUGACUGGACAUCACAUAGCUGCAACCGCCUUGAGUUUGCUCGGCCGCACUCGUGAAGCACUCCUCUUGAUGUGCUAGAUUUGUAGUACUAACUUUUCCCAUGGUUAAGUUUUGGUGUGCCUAAUUGAAGUCCACACCUGGU